AUGGAGGGGGAGCUGGGGUUCCUCUCGCCCGCGAGGCCGUCGCGUGUCUCCUCCGAGCGCGGCGAUGAUCGCGGCUUCGGCUCGCCGACAUGGUCCUCUCCGCUGGGGACGCUGCUCGACUCGCCCUCAUCGUGCGUUUCCGAGGGCCGCGCCUGCGAGGACGGGGUCUCGGGCUUCAGCUCGCCGACCUGGGGAUCGCCACUGGAGAAGCUGUUCAACACCCCCUCGUCGGGCGUCUCCAACGACAGCCGAGGUGGCAAUGGCUCCGGGUUCAGCUCGUCGACAUGGGGGUGGCCGCUGGAGACGCUGUUCUACUCGCCCUCAUCGUGCGUCUCCGAUAGCCGUGGCGGCGGCAACGGCUCCGGGUCCGGGAUCAGCACGCCGAAGCAGGCGCCGCCGCUGGGGAUGCUGUUCGACUCUCCCUCAUCGUGCGUCCCCGACAGCCGUGGUGGCGGCAACGACUCCGGGUCCGCGUUCAGCACGCCGAAGCACGCGUCGCCGCUGGAGACGCUGCUCAACUCGCCGUCAUCGUGCGUCUCCGAUAGCCGUGGCGGCGGCAACGGCUCCGGCACGCCGAAGCACGCGUCGCCGCUGGAGACACUGCUCAACUCGCCGUCAUCGUGCGUCUCCGACAAUCGCGGGUGGGGAAACAGCUCUUCGCUCAGGGUCUCGAAGGAGCAGGACAGCGAGGUGCAGAAGGCGGAGAGGCUCCUGCGGGCGAUCACCGAGCGCUACAACGACUGCUUCCUCCGCCUGCGCAACGCCACGGCCGAGCUCGCCGACCUCCGCCGCGAGCGCAUCCGCCUCGGCGCCGAGAACCUGCACCUCUCCCUCCUCCUCGAGGAGCUCGUGGUCGCGGAGCAGAGAAAUCAGGCGUCCGCGGUGGCUCUGACACCGCCGCUGAAGCCCGUGCAGGCUGAAGCAGCAUCCGGAUGCGCCCCGAAGAGCAUCUCCAUACGCUCGAAGAGCUUCAUCUCGCCGAAGCAGCCACUGCGCGAGAUCCAACCACAGCGCCUCCGUGUUCGUGCGUCCCCGGCGAAGGAGGAUACAGGUGGCAAGGAGAAGGAUGACGGGGAGGUGGAGAUGGAGGCGUACGGGCAGGGCACCCUAAAGACGGAGCUGUGCAACAAGUGGGAGCGCGGCGCGUGCCCCUACGACGGGCGGUGCAGGCUCGCGCACGGCAUGGAGGAGCUGCGACCUGUGAUCCGCCACCCCCGCUACAAGACCCUCGCGUGCCAGUUAUUCGCCGCCGGCUCCGGCUGUCCCUACGGCCACCGCUGCCACUUCCUCCACUCCCUGCCGUCCACUGCCGAGUCCUGCUAGGCUGCCGGCGAUCGUCCGCCACCUGCUGCUGCCGCGUAAGCGCAAUGCCUCUUCUAUCCUCCUGCUUGUCAAGUUCCGGAGCUGCUUCGCCUGUCAUUCGUAGUUUCAUACUAGAUCAGUUAUAGCUUAAAUAAAGUAGCAGAUCAGUUAUAGCUUAAAUAAAGUAGCAUCAUGCUGCAUGCAAACAAAAUUGUUUUUGAUAGGUGCUGCAUGCAUUUUGUUGUUAUGAUCAAGUUAGCUCAAUAAUAUUGUAAAAAUUCCCAAGUGUUGGGCCAGUCAUGAGUUAGGGUUGAUGGGCCAAACGGGCAGAGAUUCGCUGACGGAAGAAGAUGGGCCAAAGUGGGCCGUGUAUGUCGUAUGAUCUCUGACAAAAGAAGUGGCACGCAUUGUGUCUUGGAAUAGCCCAUCGUAAUUCGUAAGGCUUUGUAUGUUGUUGUU